GCGGCGCGGCGCGGGGCGGCCAUGGCCGGCGACUCGGAGGUGCUGCGCUUCCAGUUCGCGCAGCAGGGCGACGCGGUGCUGCAGCGCAUGAACCUGCUGCGCCAGCAGAACCUCUUCUGCGACGUCUCCGUCUACAUCAACGACACCGAGUUCCCCGGGCACAAGGUGAUCCUCGCCGCCUGCUCCGCCUUCAUGCGCGACCAGUUCCUGCUGAACCAGUCGCGCCAGGUGCGCAUCAGCAUCCUGCAGAGCGCCGAGGUGGGCAGGAAGCUGCUGCUCUCCUGCUACACGGGCGCGCUGGAGGUCAAGAAGAAGGAGCUGCUCAAGUACCUGACGGCCGCCAGCUACCUGCAGAUGGUGCACAUCGUGGAGAAGUGCACCGAGGCGCUCUCCAAGUACCUGGAAAUCGACGCGGCCGUGGAGAGCGGCGAGCGGGACGCCGAGACGUGUCACUCUUCGGACGCCGAGCUGAGGAGCGGCGACGAUGCCCUGGACAAGGACUGUGAAAUCAUCGAGAUCGCCGAAGACAGCCCGGUUAGUUUGGAGUGCACCGUGAAACGGGAGAAGGGGGAUAUCUCACGGCCCGUGGUGCAGAGCGUAACAUCAGAAAGGAAGGAGGCCAAAUCCCCAGAAAUAGCAGCGGUUGAAAUAGGUUAUAAGGAUGAUGAAAUCUGUAUCUUCAGAAUGGAUUCUGUGAGUGCAGCUAAUGUAGAAAAUGAUCAUUUUYCCCAGCCAUGUACUUCCUCCAAGAGCAGUUUAUAUUUUCCAGAAACGCAGCAUUCUCUGAUAAAUUCUACAGUAGAAAGCAGAAAUUCAGAAAUGUCAGGAAAUCACUUUCAGGCUUUUGUCAAUGAUAACACAGAAGGGACUUCAAGCGGGAUGAAUGGCGUUCAGAAUGUGGAUGAUCCUGGUAAUUCAUGGCGGCACCAAUGCCCAAAGUGUCCAAGGGGGUUUCUGCAUCUUGAGAACUACCUUAGACAUCUGAAAAUGCACAAACUCUUCCUGUGCUUGCAGUGUGGCAAAACAUUUACACAGAAAAAGAAUCUCAACAGACACAUCCGGGGACACAUGGGAAUCCGCCCCUUCCAGUGCAUGGUUUGCUUGAAGACGUUUACUGCCAAAAGUACGCUCCAGGACCACCUGAACAUCCACAGCGGGGACCGGCCCUACAAGUGUCACUGCUGUGACAUGGACUUCAAACACAAGUCUGCUCUUAAAAAGCACCUGACGUCUGUUCAUGGAAGGAGUAGCAGUGAAAAAACAAACCUGAACGGUAUUACAAAAGUGAAAAUAGACUACGAUUAAUGGAUGGGCAGAUGCGGAGCUAGGCUCCACCAGAUGCUUCUGUCUUGUGUUAUUCUCUAUGUUCAACAGAGCUACACCUUGCCAGAGAGAAGGACAAAUAUGUGAUGGGUGACCAGAGACGGGCCUUGCUAGUAGUAAACUUGCCUGUUAUAUUAAGGCURCUGUUGAUGUAAGUGUUCAGAAGCUGUUUAGUAGUUGAAAGUAARCCACAAAAUGUGAGAAAUGAUUUUAUGCUUCUCUUUGACUAUCCCUGAUGUGGAUAUCUGUUCCGUUGUUUGUUUUGUUUUGUUUUUUUUCCCCAAUCAGGUUUUGCAGUCCACUGUUUUGAGGGCAAGUGCUGCCAAUUUUCAAAGUAUUGUUGAUAUUGCAAUAAGCUGAAGCCUGAGCCACAAUGUUCCUGAUCCACAAUGGCUAAGGAAAGGGGAUGUUUGUAUUUAUUCAAUCACCUGUAUCCAUUUCAUGUACCAUGUCAUGGUGAAAUCAGCUCUGUACUUGACGAAAUUUUGCUGAUUCUUUAAAAAAAAAAAAAAAAAGGCAUGCUGUCUGAUUCAAGUCUGUGAUAUUAAGAAGCAAGCAAGCUACAGUUAAGGAAGCUUUGAAACGGCCUUGUACAACUAGAGAACUGGUAAAUAACAAAAGCAAAUGCUACUGCUUUGCAAUUCCUUUUUAACUGCAUAGUCCCAUUAGAAAGACUUGCAUUCAGUUUAUGAAUCAGUUGUGAAUUUUUCUAAACUUCUUUCUUCUGAUCACAUUUCUCCUGUCAUGUUGGUAUUACCACCCUCAUUUGACUAAUUAUAAGUUAGUCCUAUUUACUAYGUUGUAUUGUUACAUUUGUCUUUUUUUAAAUAUAUGUAUAAAUUCUAGAUAUCCACACUAAUGUGAAAACUUGAACCGUGCACUGUUAAGUAAUAGCAUUUUCUAUAUUCAUUUUGAAAGUCAUUCUUUAUAUCUUAAAAGGAAGAGUUUAGACGUAGUGAUUUUCUCAUGCUCUAAUUCUUUGUGUGAUGCAGUAAAACGGUACUGUGCGUGCUUGGGUAGGUAUGUUUGUACUUUGUCAAGGGUCAUUUCAGUGUCAUCAGAAGCAUCGAAAGUCCUGUAACUCAUCAUUUUUAUCUUAUACCUGUUUUUGGCUGGUAUAUGUUACUUCACUUAAUGUGAUACAAAUGAACUGUCAGUUCAGUUACUGUAUGAGAGUAAUGCUACUUACAUUAGACUCUGUCCAACUAGCAGAAGCAGUAGCUCRUAAUCUGGUCUGUGUCACAAACCUUGCCUCAGUUUUCGGAAGUGCUCUUGUGAAGUUCUAGCUCUGAGCACUUGAGCUGCAGACAUCUGGCACUUGUGCUGCAUAUCUUUGCUGUUUUUUAAAAUAUAAAAUAACAGUUUUAAUUUCAGUUGCUGAGUUUAACUUCUUUACCAUACAUGUAUCUGUGAGUGCAUUGGGCAUUAGUGUUUUAUU